CUCUCUCUCUCUCUUUCCCAAUAUCGGGGCGGGAUCUUGUGACUCACUAGCAACUUCCGAGGCAGAGUUGGACAAAAGUAACCGGUAGAUCGCGUCGCUCUUCGUCAGUCACUCACCGAGUUUGACUACGGUGAACACGGAACACUAAAGUUGUGCCUCCGGCGCUGAAUUAGAGACGUGGGGACCGGCUGCAAUCUACAUCCCUCUAAUGUCGAGCGACAGAGACCGAGAGGUGGCGGGGUUCGACUGUCAGGUUGCAAAGGUGAAUUCAACUGCAGAUAUAACUUCUGGACUGGAGCAGGUCACCAUGAGCGAUCGCUUCGACUGUGGGAACUGCAAGGAGUCUCUUUACGGGCGCAAGUACAUCCAGACAGACGAUCAGCCCUACUGCAUCCCCUGCUACGACUCGCUGUUCGCCAACACCUGCGACGAGUGCAAGGAGCUCAUCGCCCACGACGCCAGGGAGCUGUUCUACGAGGACAGACACUACCAUGAACACUGUUUCCGGUGUUUCCGAUGCGAACGCUCGCUAGCAGACGAACCCUUCACCAGCCAGGAGGAGGCGCUGCUGUGCAACGACUGCUACUGCAACGAGUUCUCCUCCAAAUGCGUGGCCUGCGACAAGAACGUCAUGCCAGGCUCCAGGAAGCUGGAGUAUGGGGGCUCUACAUGGCACGAGGCGUGCUUCGUGUGCCAUAGCUGUGAGCAGCCAAUCGGCUCCAAGUCUUUCAUCCCGGACAAGGAUGAGCACUACUGUGUGGCCUGCUAUGAGGACAAGCUGGCUCCACGCUGCACGCGCUGCAAACAGACCCUGGUUAAAGGCGGGGUGACCUACCGGGACGAGCCAUGGCACCGGGAGUGUUUUGUGUGUGCGGGCUGCCAGGUGCAGCUGGCCGGGCAGCACUUCACCUCCCGGGACGACAGCCCCUACUGCCUGCAGUGCUUCAGUAGCCUCUACGCCAAGAAGUGUGAGGCCUGCGCUAAGCCAAUCACUGCUGCCCUCUGGCUGCAGGGUUUGGCGGGGGGAAAGUACAUCUCGUUUGAAGAGCGACAGUGGCACCAGGCCUGCUUCCACUGCUCCCUCUGCCACGGGUCCCUGGUUGGGGCUGGAUUCUUCCCCGACGGAGACAAGAUCCUCUGCCGAGACUGCAACAGUCUAUAGACGCCCCCUGUCUCCUCCCUGUCUCCUUCCUGUCUCCUCCCUAUCUCCUCCCUGUCUCACCCCUGUCUCCCCUCUGUCU